UGGAGUAAGAGAGACGUGGAGCGAACCCAUGUCACAAAGAAUGAGGGGAGGGAGUUGAGCUUUGCCAGCGGUGAGAAAGUCAGGCUGUCUCGCAGUGCCAGAUUUCCACUUGGUUUUUUGGAGGUUUGGGUGACAAGUUUGGCCCGUGGCAUAAGGCCAUGAAUACAUAUAGUGUAACACUCAACGGACCUGCUCCCUGGGGUUUUCGGCUUCAGGGAGGCAAGGACUUCAACAUGCCCCUGACCGUGUCAAGACUGACCCCAGGCGGUAAGGCGGCCCAGGCCGGAGUGGGUGUUGGAGAUUGGUUGGUGUCCAUCUCUGAUGCCAAUGCAGAGGAGAUGACCCAUGUGGAGGCACAGAACAAGAUCAGAGCCGCAACCGACUCCCUCGCUCUCACUUUGAGCAGAGCUUUUAAUCCUGCCGGAGGAGAGCAGAACGAUUCACUCGCACCUGCAUCCAGUCAGCCCAAGUACUCAUUUGCACCGAGCACGACCAUAAACAAGAUGGCGCGGCCAUUCUCUGCAGCCCCUGGCAGUGCCAGCAAGGGGCCUGUCAUCAAGCCGGUGUCAUACGCCCCCAAACUUAACUUCAACUCGCCGCAGCCUCACAAUGGUCACGGAGUAACUCCCUGUCCUGCCAAGUCCAAGCCAGCAGACAAAGCUGAUGAAGUUCAAGCGACAGCUAAAGCAUCGGCCGAUUCUGGUCCAGCCUGCCGGCCACCAUGGGUGACGGAUGCCAGUUUUGCAGACCGUUACCACCCAGAAAAGACAAGCACGGUGGUGACGCAGCACCAGAAGCCAGUCCAACCCACUCCCAUGCAGAAUCGCAGCUCCAUCAUGCAGGCAGCGCAGCAGAACCCUGCCGACUCCAGCGGCCGCACCCCGCUCUGCGCCGCAUGCAACAAGAUCAUUAGGGGACGCUACGUGGUGGCGCUUGGUCGUUCCUGGCACCCAGAGGAGUUCAAGUGCUGUCAGUGUAAAAGGAUGUUGGACGAGGGGGGCUUCUUUGAGGAAAAAGGAUCCAUUUACUGCACCAAGUGCUACGACAACCGUUACUCACCCAACUGUGACAAAUGCAAGAAGAAGAUAACUGGGGAAAUCAUGCAUGCCCUGAAGAUGACCUACCACGUACAGUGCUUCCUGUGUGCUGCCUGCAAAAUGCCCAUCAGGAACCAGGCCUUCUACAUGGAGGAGGGAGAGCCCUACUGCGAGAGAGACUAUGAAAAGAUGUUUGGUACCAAAUGCCAUGGCUGUGACUUCAAGAUUGAUGCAGGAGACCGUUUCCUUGAGGCGCUGGGCUACAGCUGGCAUGACACUUGCUUUGUCUGUGCUAUCUGUCAAAUCAAUCUGGAGGGGAAGACGUUCUUUUCAAAGAAGGACAAGCCAUUAUGUAAAAGUCACGCUUUCUCUCCGGUGUGAGGCUCUGCUGUUCAUCAAGGAGGGGCCGGAACGGAGACUGGGGGGUCUAUAGCUAUGCCAAACAAGACCAAGUACUUUACUUGAAGCCUGUAACAUAUGGCUGACUGACAGAGUGAUGGAUAUAGCAGCUCUGUUCUUUUUCACCGGCUGUUAUAGCAGCUUCGAUCAGCAUUUACUAAGUGUGUGUCAUUCAGCAAAGCACGGACCUGAAGUUUUGGUAGCUUGCUUCAGUAAGCCGACAUACUGCCCUCGGUUUUGCUGUUACGAUGCCAGUCAUUCAACUGGAAGCAGCUUGUGAACUGAUAUAACCACCAAUGCCAGACGUCAGAACGGAUAACAAGGUAUUUGGAUGCAGUAUUUUAGCUGUCCCUCCUCAUCCCACUCCACCUACAGUAUUCAUGACACCUUGUCAAUCCGAGGAAGAUAGUACGCUCUUCUUCUGCUCUCUUUACUAUCACUUUUUAGAUCUACAGUAAUUGGUUCGUUUCAGUGUUCACCAAUUUGGCAUCUGAGUGAAUCUCACAAAACG